AUGUUGGAGGCUAGACUCGAGCAGGCACAGGUCCUCAAGAAGGUGGUGGAUUCUAUCAAAGAUCUCGUGCAGGACUGCAACUUCGACUGCAAUGACUCGGGCAUCGCGCUGCAGGCUAUGGACAACUCCCACGUGGCCCUGGUGUCGAUGAUGCUCAAGGCCGAGGCCUUCUCCCCCUACCGUUGCGACCGGAACAUCGCGCUCGGAGUCAACCUCGUCUCCCUAACCAAGGUCCUACGUGCGGCACAGAACGAAGAUAUCCUCACCCUCAAGGCCGAAGACGCGCCCGACUCGCUGAACCUCGUGUUCGAGAGCAGCGAGAACGACCGCAUCAGCGAGUACGACCUCAAGCUGAUGGACAUCGACCAAGAACAUCUGGGCAUCCCCGAGACCGAGUACGCGGCCACGGUCUCGAUGCCUUCGGCCGAAUUCCGGCGCAUCUGCACUGAUCUCAUGGCCAUGUCGGAAUCUGUGACGAUCGAGGCGAACAAGGACGGCGUCAAGUUCUCUUGCAAUGGCGACAUCGGCAACGGAUCCGUCACGUUGCGAAGUCAUCAGAACGUCGACAAGCCGGAGCAGAACAUCGACAUCGAGCUGACGGAGUCGACCUCUCUGACCUUCUCCCUCAAGUACCUGGUCAACUUCUGCAAAGCCCAGGCGCUGUCUACCAACGUCAAGAUCUGCCUGUCCAACGAGGUGCCACUGCUGGUGGAGUACGGGCUGUCCGGCAGCAGUUAUCUACGGUUCUAUCUCGCGCCCAAGAUCGGCGACGAGGAGUAA